CAGGAGGGCAACCUGAAACAUCUCUAAAUUACUACGUGGAGAGUGUUCUGCGUAUGCCUCGACCAAUUCGACAAUUCAGUCAAAAGGCGGAGCAGUACUGUCAGUUGAAACAUGUUCUGUUUCUCUGGCGCGUCUUGAGCCUUCAGAGGGCAACAAUUUUCAUAAGGGGACAUGAGGAUCCGUUUGAACAGAUUCCAGACAUGUUCAAGGAGAAAAUGCCAGUUAAGUUGAAAAUGAAGUUUAUCAAAAGCCUACCAAUGAUUGAUUUGGGUCGCUUCGUGUUCGAGGUGUUGGAGCUAAUUGCUCUCAACAUUGUAGGGGAGUCUCUAGACAAAAACGAUACGAGGUAAUCUAGCCAGCGUUUUCAUGGGUAUGGGGAAUCAGCGGUAGUUUUAUGACUCCUUCACGACCAAAAGUAAUGGAAAUGAUGUUAUAUCUCUUGCCACUCACAACAAAGACUUUUUGUGCGAGAAAUGGGUUUUUAAACAGUUUAAACAGUCUACGUUUUAGACCAGUUUAACAGGCUUAGAUAGAUUUGGCGGACAUGUUUGUAUCCUCGUUAACACCCAACUCAGAUCAUCUUUCCGAUCUUCAAUAUUCGACGUCAUCACAGCUACGUCAUCACAGCUACGAUUUCCUCUUGAGCGGCAAAAAAAUU